AUGACAUCCUUAAAUCCUCGCGAUCCCUACACCCAGGAGGAGCUCGAGAAGCUCUAUCCGAGAGACUUGAAGCUUCAAUUGGUCCAGGUGGUGAACGCACGCCGGUGUCUUCUCGGUUUCAAAAUACUGACCGACUACUUUACCCGCGAAGAUUGGCCGUAUUGCAAUGUUGCGCGUCGGAUGAUCCAAAUGGCCGCUAGUAACCAGGACCUCUCACAGUGGAAAGGCUUCGAAUGGCGGAAAAAGACGGAAGCAUUCGGCGAUAGAGAUGAGGCGGUGGUUGCAGUGGGCGCGACAGGUGAUAUCGAAGGUAUAUGCCAACACGGCGAAUUGACAGACAGAGGACGGGAAACGACCUUUGCCCUCGGCCAGCGCCUGAGACAUCUCUAUGUUGACCAGCUUGGGUUCAUGCCUAAGAUCAAGUCCGACACCGAGGACAUGUACCUCCGAGCCACACCCAUCCCGCGAGCCCUCGAGUCCCUCCAACAGGCUUUUUGGGGCAUGUACCCGGCCAGUGCUCGUACCCAAGACUUCCCUCCGCCAGUGAUUGUUGCACGCUCCGUGUCGGAGGAGACUCUAUUCCCUAAUGAGGGCAACUGCCGUCGGUUCAGACAACUCGCUAGGCUCUUUGCCGAUAGGGCAGCUUUACGGUGGAACGAAACCGAACAGAUGAAUUACAUCAACAGCAUACUAUCCAAAUGGAUGCCGGAGAAGUCCCCCAAAGUUGCCGUCGACUCCCAUCCCCGUCUCUCCGGAAUCAAUGACACCAUCAAUGCAACCGACGCCCACGGGCCCGCAACGCGCCUCCCUUCAGAAUUCUACGACAAGAAACUCAGACAAUACAUGGAGCAAAUAGCCGUCGACGAAUGGUUCGCCGGUUACAACGAGAGUACCGAAUACCGAAAACUCGGAAUCGGAGCCCUACUAGGCGAUGUCGUCGACCGCAUGGGCUCUUCGAACUCGAACACCUCGACACCGCCCCCUCCGUCUGAAACAGCCCGUGCUCCUCUUGCGUCCUUCCCUGACCCGGCAAGACAAUCCCUGCAGAAGCAUUAUGUCCGUAUCCGCUACAAUGACGUUCCAGUCCGUAUACCCGGUUGCGCUGCCAAGCCGCAGAAUCAUCUCGCCGGAGACGAUACUUUCUGCACAUUAGACGCAUUCAAGGAGAUCGUUGAUAAGUUCACGCCUAAGAACUGGCGAGAAGAAUGCACAGAGAACAUUGGAGCGGGCCUUUAUGGCAAGGAUGACAAGGAGAAAGCAGUCUCUGGGUUCUAA